AUGCCGGUGUUGCUACCCGCAGCUGAGCCCAGCGAGGACUCACGGGUUGGAGCCCCAGAAUGGCGCGAGGAGGCACUAGCCAAAUCGCGGAAGGCGCACCUUCUGACCGACCGCUGCGGGCAAGAGGCAGUGGCCAUGUGGCAACCCAAGGACAGUGUGCGGGACCCGCACAUGGCGCACCACCUCUGCCGCGCCGCCUACAUCGAGCCUUGGCGCUUCCGCGUGGAGAUGCUCAAAGGUGGCGGCACCGUAGAGAAGCCACCGCCGGGCGAGGGCGUCACGCUGUGGAAAAGCAAGAUGAAGCCCCCGGCGUGGUAUGCUCGCCUGCCGUUGCCCUUGCACCGCGACGCGCGCGCCAUGCAGACGGCCGAGGCGGUGCUCACACACGCGCGCGGGGCGCGCCUCACCGCCGCCCGCCUCGGCCGCGCCCAGCAUCAAAUCAACGUGCAGCUGCAGCUGCUGCUGCGCCAGCGCGAGGCAACGGACGUCAGGCUCAGCGAAGUGCGCAAGGGCCUGCUUAUCAACAAGCAAAGCGUCAAACUGAGGGGCUACCGACCCAAGUCUGAGAAGAUCCCUGACAAAGCUGACAGCAUGCUUACGUGGGAGAAGGAGGAACUGAGGGUCUUGAAGAGGAAAAUGGAGACAGAUAUGGAAAAAUCAGAAACUCUACUCAAGGCUCUGGCCUCCUGUCGCGAUGCUCUGGGUUUCUACUGCAAGGAAAGGCUCCAGGCUGUGGAACUCAUGAACCAGCCGCUGGAUAAAGUUCUGGAGCAGGCCGGCCGCUACUCGUGGGUGGACCUUACGCGCGCCCCUACCCCGCGUCCUCAGGGCCUGAAAACGCCUCCUCCUGACCCUGUGGGCACCUUUACCCCAGAGUGCGCCUACGCGCUGUACGAAGCUAAGCGGUUGUUGAUGGAGUCCAAGGACACCUUGGCAGAAAUGGCAAAGAAUGAGACGGACAUCCAGAAGCAACAGCAGCAAAUAAGCGACCGUGUGUGCGCCUCCCUGGCGCAGAAGAUGCGCGAAACGUUGGAACUGAAGGAAAGAAUAAAUAUGACGUUAGGACUAAUGAGGGGAACUAUCCACCGGUGCACGAAAUUCAACCAAGAGAUGGACGUCACCCGCGGACUCAUCAAGGGUCCUCUGUCGAAAAGUCACCUGGCGACUCGAGAGAAACUGAACAGACCUCUAGUUCUCAUGCACCAGAAACACGUCGGCACCCAACUCCCCGAGGCCGCGCGCCUUGUCCAGGGCACUGACAAACUGCAGCGCCAUAUCACGCACGCGGAAAAGAACCUAAAGGAGCUGCUCGCCACGCGCGAUGACCUCACCUGGAGCCUCAACUGCAAGAAGAUCGGGCACGACGUGGACUACAACGUGGUUCGCCUGCGUCUUCGUCAGAGGCACCCACAUGUGUACUUCGAGCAGGCGCAACGCCUGGUCAAUAACUGGGACCCGCGCACUCCGCCGCCGCGUAGCGAGUCCACCGAGUCCAACGCGGCCCCCAAGUGACGUGCAGGCCCCCAGCCCCAGCUGGCUUGACUGUGCGGGCUGGGCCAUUGGGAGAGCAGGCUCCCAGCACCGUGGCCCUCUCUCCCCUCUGAUUCAUUGUUCCUUCAAGCGCCUUAUAGCAGAAUUAUAAUUAAAGAUACCAAUUGUCAUUUAUUAGAUACCUACUGUAUGUCAAUUACAUACUAUACAACACAUUAUAGACAGUGCAUCCUGGUAGUUAGCAGAACAGAUUUGUGGCCAGAUUAUAAGUAUUCAAGUCUUG